AUGGCUCGCAAUAGUGUAAUGAAGAUGAUUAUUGAUGACUCUGAUUCUGAUAAUGAAUUGGAGAUAUUUGCAAUAGUUGCUUUAGAAGAAGAGCGGCUAAAUAAUGAGAGGCAAUUGGGAUUACGUCGUGGUUCUAUUCAAGGCAUACAGUUAUUUAUCAAGAAAGAUGCUAUUGGAGUUCUUGGUCUGUCUUCCCUUCAAAAGAUGACAGCGGCUAUGAGGAUGCUCGCUUAUGGAGUAGCGGCCGAUUCUGUAGAUGAUUAUGUGAGGAUUGGAGAAAGCACUGCAAUAGAAAGUCUACAAAGGUUUGUUCAGGCAGUGGUUGCAAUUUUUUCAGAUGUGUACUUGAGGGCACCAAACAAUGAUGACAUUGCUAAAUUACUAGAGGUGGGAAAAAAUAGUGGGUUUCCUGGAAUGUUGGGGAGCAUUGAUUGGCGUGCUCCCCAAGUUGAUUACUCAAUCAAUGGAAAUGACUAUACAAUGGGAUAUUAUCUCGCUGAUGGUAUAUAUCCUCAAUGGUCAACAUUCGUUAAAACAAUUCCAUCUCCACGAGGCAAUAAGCAAAUACAUUUUGCUAAGGCUCAAGAGUCAGCAAGGAAGGAUGUCGAACGAGCAUUUGGAGUGCUCCAAGCACGUUUCUCAAUUGUGCGAGGACUUGCACGUUUUUGGAAAGUUGAAACCCUUAAAGUUAUUAUGAAGGCAUGUAUAAUAUUGCAUAAUAUGAUUGUUGAUGAUGAGCGAAAUGAACAAAAUAUAGUCUGUAAUUAUGAUGCAAUCGAUGAAACUCUUCCUCCAGCAGUGUCACACGAGCGUACACCCGAACUUUAUGACUUCAUUCAAAAUCAUCAUCGCAUAAGAGAUAGACAAACUCAUUCUAAACUCCAAGCAGACCUAGUUGAGCAUUUGUGGCAUCUACAUGGAGAUUUGUAA